AUGAAGUACAGUUUUGCGAUAACAGGGCUCGCCCUCUGCUUCACCAAGACCCUCGCCUUCCCUUCCCGCAUGUUUGAUGAUGCUCAAUCCAUGAGCGCAGAAGAGAGGCGUUCCCUUGAGAAAAUUACUGCCCAGAUCGAAGCUGGAAUUGAAAAACGUGUAUCAAGUCCUCGCUCUGUUGGAUUCUCUGCAUCCGACCAAUAUGUAUCCAACACAGGCAAUCAUGCAUUUGUUGCUCCAGGGCCCAAUGAUUUGCGUGGACCCUGUCCUGGGUUAAAUGCUAUGGCUAAUCACAACUACAUUCCUCGCAAUGGAGUAGCGACAAUUUCACAAUUCGUUCAAGGAACCUAUGACGUAUUUGGCAUGGGUGCUGAUCUUGGAGCAUUCCUCUCUAUAUAUGGUGCUGUCUUCGACGGGGAUUUGACAAGUUGGUCUAUUGGGGGACCCCCAUCUUCAGGCCUGCUGAGCUCAAUUGGACUUCUCGGUAAACCUCAAGGAUUGAUUGGAUCACAUAACAAAUAUGAGUCUGAUGCAUCACCUGCACGUCCGGAUCUUUAUGAAUAUGGCAAUAAUUACAAAGUGAUCUUGUCUCAAUUUGAAGAGAUGUACGCUUUGCCGCUGGGUCCGAACGGUUACGAUUUAUCAGUUCUGACUCCUUUCCGAGCAACUCGUUUCCAACAAUCCAUUGAAAACAAUCCAUAUUUUUUCAACGGACCCUUUUCAGGAAUCGCUGUCCAGCCUGCAGCAUACACUUUUAUUUAUCGAUAUAUGGCCAACAAAUCCUCUGAAUAUCCUGAGGGCUACUUGAAUGGCGAUGUCUUGAAGUCGUUUUAUUCAGUCACUGGAGAACCAGGUGGCUUUGUGUGGACAGAAGGACAUGAGAAAAUCCCUGACAACUGGUAUAAACGGGCUCUUGGUGACGAAUACGGUCUUGUACCUUUCGCACUCGAUCUAAAUAUUGCAGCUCUUGAACAUGUUGAGUUUCUUUCCGUUGGAGGAAAUACCGGCACGGUGAACUCAUUCACAGGCGUCGACCUUAAGAAUUUGACCGGUGGUGUAUUUGAUGUUACCACAUUGGCCGAGGGAAAUAACGCUAUUUGUUUUGCAUUCCAAGUUGCUCAGCAGGCUGCUCCUGAUAUCCUUAAGGGUCUGUUGUCUAAUACUGCCUCUGCUUUGAGUCAGCUGAAUGCGGCGGUUUCUGCUGCGUUGAGUGGGCUGAGUUGUCCUCAGUUGAAGAGUAUUGAUACUUCGCAGUUUGCCCAGUUUCCUGGUGCGAAGGGGGCUUAUUAG